ACGUGAAUUUCAUCUGCCGGUUGAACAUCGUACGACUUGUUUAAAUUAUUUGACAGUUUCUAUUGUUUUGUGUUUAGUUUGGUGUUCGUAAACUAAUGAUGUUUCCCUUUUCUACCUGCAUGUGCUUUCGACAAGAUCAAAUUUGGACGGUUAUUCCUCAACAAAUUGAAGAUACUCCAAACAAGAAAACAGAAGGUGUUUCAAUCAAUAUCACUGAACAAAACGCCGUAUACAUCAAAAUGGUCGGACCCGUAGAAGUUCCAGUUUUAACCAAGUGUUUUUCCAAAGAAGAUUGGGUCUUGUUGGAUGCAAUGGGUUCUAGUCCUUCCCUCGGCUGCUCCGGACGAUUCCUCACAAUGCACAAAAGACGUCGCAAAAAGCUUACUACUCGAUCUUUAUCACAAGAUCAUGCAAUACUUGAUGACAUUCAUCACGGACAAGUUCAGCGAAUUUUGGACCGUUGUGGCCUGUGGGGCUUCAAUGCGUUUACGUUAGAAACCGUAGCCGGUGGCCGAGCACUGCCUGUUCUCUGUGUCCAUCUAUUCCAUUGGUACGGACUGUUGGAUUACUUCCAAUUAGAUGUAGUGCGUGUAUGGAAGCUUUUUACUCUCAUAGAAGAAGGUUACCACAGUACGAAUCCAUACCACAAUUCUAUUCAUGCGACUGAUGUAACUCAAGCAAUGCAUUGUUUUCUACAAGAAGAAAAAAUACGAAAGCAUCUCUCACAACUCGAAAUAAUGGCAGCUUUAAUAGGUGCAGUUGCUCAUGACUUGGACCAUCCAGGUGUUAAUCAACAUUUUCUUAUUUCUACGUCGAAUCAUCUUGCCAUUCUGUACCAAAACACGUCUGUAUUAGAAAAUCAUCACUGGAGAUCUGCUAUUGGCUGUUUACUUGAAAGCGGGGUGGCAGAACAAUUGUUGCCACAUCGCAAUAAACUUGAAUUGCAAAUUCGUGAUCUCAUAUUAGCAACUGAUAUUAAUAGACAACAAGAAUUUUUAACCAAAUUUAAGGCAUAUUUAGAUGAAGGUAGUUUAGAUUUGACUAAAGCCGCAGACCGACAUUUCAUUCUGCAAAUUGCUUUGAAAUGUGCAGACAUUUCAAAUCCGACGAGACCCUGGGACAUUUCUCACAAAUGGAGUUUAAAGGUCUGCGAUGAAUUUUUUAGGCAAGGUGAAUUUGAAAGAAAACUAAAUCUUCCAGUUACUUCCAUUUGCGAUCAACAAUCUACUUCAGUUGCCAAAAUACAAGUUGGUUUCUUCAAAUUUGUUGUUACCCCAUUGUUCUCUGAAUGGCAUAGGUUUCUCAAAAGUACGCUUUCUACUCGAAUGAUGGACAUCCUAGAAGCCAAUAGGAAACGAUGGGAGAAACAAGAAAACGCAGAACAAGCAGAGGAGACGCAAACAGAACUGUCAGAUGCUGAACCAGAAGUUAGUGACGACGAAGAAGCGACCAAGCAAUCGUCCGAAACUCCAAGUAUUAUGGAUUUCAUUCCGCCUCCACCACAAAGAGAAAUUAGAAGACAAUCAUUAGCUGUUCCCUCAUUAGAAAGUACGUUAGGAGUAAGGCGGCACUCUGUUCCGGUUAAUAUGGAGCCAUCACUGCCACGAACAAUUUACCGACGAGAAAGCUUACCAACCGGGAGAGCCGCUUCAUCCGGACGUUCACCAAUUAGUCCUGUCCAAAAUGAAUCUAGAACUUCCAGCGGGCUUCGAGAGGAAGAUGAACUGAUGAGAUUCGGCUCUCAGUCAUCCAUAAUGUCUUCGAAUAGUCCGCAUCUUUCGUCAGUUUUUAUUUUUCAAGGAGCUGAAGAUCAACCUGAGAGGCCUUUAAGUGCUGAGAAUUUGUUACCUGAACCAAGCAUAGCCUCAAUGACAAGUAGUGCAGCCGCUAGCAGACUCUCUUCAGUUUUACAAGGUAACAACGUUGCGCCUCCAUCCAAAUGUUUAACCAGGCAGCAAACGUUCCCACCGCCACAGCCUUACGUGCGAAUGAGAUACAUGUCCGCCACUGUUGAAAUGUCAACGUGUACUGAAACAGUACACGAAGGUGAGAGUCGGUCCAACUCAUCACAUGGCUCACAAGAAAACAUAUCAAUUAGUACGCCACAUUAUACGAUACCAUCUAUUGCAGUAUUAAGUCCAAAUAAUAGUCGAUCGCCUGAUUUCCUCAUCCCAGAAGAACCGCAAUCAUUACCUAAACCGUCUCUGGUAGGCAACAAAAGAGAGACGGAGAGUAAUGAUAAGGAAAAAGUGUGUAAGAUGGUUAAGUUAUCUGAUCCCGGACAAAGAUAUGAAAAGGAAAAUGUGGAUCCGAGAAGACUUGCGACUGCGUCGUUAGCGAGAAGAAGAGGUUCAGCUCCAGUUUCUCUACCACUCACUGGACCAGAUGACAAUGUCUCCUCUGCGGGCGGAGGGGUGUGUAUAUCUGAAUCACAGUCGUUGCGUAGGGGAUCAGUGCCAAUUGAAAUUGCUCACUAUCUGUACACCACAUCCGAUUCUUAUGCAGAAGACAAUGUAGAACAAGUAAUAAACAUAACUCCAGUAGAAACAAACCGGACGUUUUGGCAAUAUCAGCGGCGAGGUUCAGCCCCUAUAGAUUUGCCACCCGCGGGUGCAGAGAGGCGCGAACAGUUACUCACCCGCCACACUAGUCUCAACGGCAAGUCGGGUCGACGGAAGAAGCAAUUGCGCAGGCGCAGUUCCGGAGGACCUGAAACCGUCUGCUUGCCGGAAUCACAUUCGGAAGGGUGGACACGAUUGCUACUGCGUAGACCUGAAAAUCCUGAUGCGCUGCUGGCUCGGCGAAGAGGAUCACUGCCUAUUGAAGUUCUGACUGUUGGACACUCCGUGUUUUGACGGUUGCCUCUAUCGCCAAUAGGGCUCUGGACAUCACCGUCCAAUGUGCAAUAAGGACCAACAUUCACUGACUGACAUCCAUCUUCACUAGUUAGCUCAUUAUUUAUAAUCAUCAAACAAGCCAAAUAAUCAUAAAUGUUCUAGUUGUCACUAUGAUUGUUAGAAUUUUUAUGUUUUACAUGCGCAGUGUAUGUGACGAUAGUUAAUUCUUCCUGAUAGUAGAAAUUAGCUGUAGAUAGUAAUUUAUUUUACACUACGGUUGCGCAUAUUCAUCUAUUUAAUACUUAGUUCACAAUGUACAAUUUCUAGGUACCUUAUAAAAAAGUAUUUUAGUUUUAGUGUUGUUAAGUUUGUUACUGAUUUCGAAUGUGGUGCAAUCUUAGUGAUUAUUUGAUAUAUAAACUUUAAACUAAAAUCAACUUUCUUGAUAUAUAUUAUAUUUGUAAUGAAACGACUGUUGCAAACCCCGACAGGAUGUUUACUCUGUGUUUUCUUUUUUAUAUAGCAUAUAAUAUAGUGUAUUCAAUAGACCUUUGCAAAGAUCGGGAAGCGUUACUAAUUAUUGACAAUAUGUUUUUGUACAUUUCUUUCUUCGCUUAAAUUAUUUUUAUUUGACGACAAUAUUCGAUGAUUGAUCUUUGCAAACGUUGCAUUUUUAGUAUACCAUACCCUAUUGCAACAUUACUCUGUAAUAACUGUUGAAUGUGGUUCAUUUUAUAAUGUGCUGUAUACUGUAUGUAUCGUAGUAGGUUGUUGCAGACGUAAUAAUCAAAAUUCCAUGACUUGAUAAGGGAUUUACGUUGACUCUGCAAAUAUUCGUAGGUGCAUAGGUUCUUUAUGAGGUAACGGAGUGUACUUUAGUACAUAGAAAAAUCAUAAUUAAGUUUCUUUAGCGAACAAUAGUCUGUUUCUCCUUCAAACGUACUACAUUAACACAUCCACUUUUCUGGUGUCAUUGGGAUCAAUAUUAAAUGACCAUUAAAAGACCACGGACUCAUAGACAUUUUAAACUAUAUUUACCUAUUUACUGGAUUUCACAUAAGUGUAUGUGUUAAAAUGUACCCUAAACGCAACAUCCGUCAAACAAACUUCAAGAUACUGAAAGAUGUACAUCUCGGUGUAACUAACAAUAUUAUUUCAAACUAGGACCAUACAGUUGAACUAACAGGGUUAAUAUAUGAUGUGUUUCAAUAAGACUGCUUAGAGAAUGACAUUAGGGAGGUAUACAGACAAAGGGUGACGAUCGCCCUAUUGUUACGCUUAAUAUCUGAGUUCAACAUGAGUACUCAUCGUUUGUGAAAUGGUUGAUAAAUAAAUUCAUGUUUUUAAAA